AUGUCACAAGAUUCUGACGAGAUAAAGACGAUAGAGCAGUGGAGGUGGUCGGAAAUGCAAGGUCUUGAACUUGUGUCUGCUCAUUCAGAAACCUCUUUUAAAGGCAACCCAUCACCAACACCUACAACAGAACCAACUACAACAACAGACACAGAAGCAAGAGAAGCCCAAGACGAGGAGAGAGAAGAAUUGGGUGGAGAGAGUGAAAACAGAGGAGGAGAGAGAAAAGAGAUGGACGUGUCUGAUGGAAAGAAAGAAGGUGGUGAAGCAGAAAAGCCUGCUUCAGUGCCUCCCUCAGCUAAGUUUAGUGAGCUUUUCAGAUUUGCAGAUAAAUUGGACUAUGUUUUGAUGGGAAUCGGAACACUUGGUGCCUUUGUACAUGGCUGUUCAUUGCCUCUGUUUCUUCGAUUUUUCGCUGAUCUUGUUAAUUCUUUUGGGGCUAAUGCCAACAACAUUGAUAAGAUGACACAAGAAGUUUUGAAGUAUGCAUUUUACUUUCUUGUAGUGGGAGCUGCAAUAUGGGCAUCUUCAUGGGCAGAGAUAUCUUGUUGGAUGUGGACUGGAGAGAGGCAAUCUACUAAAAUGAGAAUUAAGUAUUUAGAAGCAGCUUUGAAUCAAGAUAUUCAGUACUUUGACACACAGGUUCGAACAUCGGAUGUUGUUUUCGCCAUUAACACUGAUGCAGUGAUGGUCCAAGACGCCAUUAGCGAGAAGUUGGGCAAUUUCAUACACUAUAUGGCAACAUUUGUGUCUGGAUUUGUGGUGGGUUUCACUGCUGUGUGGCAAUUAGCUCUUGUCACUCUAGCUGUUGUUCCUGUCAUAGCUGUAAUUGGAGCCAUCCACACCACCACAUUAGCCAAGCUCUCUGCCAAGAGCCAGGAAGCGCUUUCAGAAGCCGGAAACAUUGCAGAACAGACAGUAGUUCAAAUUCGGAUGGUUUCGGCGUUUGUUGGUGAAUCAAGAGCAUUACAAGCCUAUUCUGCGGCAUUGAAGAUCGCUCAGAGGCUAGGUUACAAGAGUGGAUUUGCCAAGGGAUUGGGACUUGGGGCAACAUACUUCACUGUUUUCUGUUGUUAUGCCCUUCUGCUUUGGUAUGGUGGUUAUCUGGUUAGGCACCACUUCACCAAUGGAGGACUCGCCAUAGCCACCAUGUUUGCUGUUAUGAUAGGUGGCCUGGCUUUAGGACAAUCUGCCCCAAGUAUGACUGCAUUUGCAAAGGCCAGAGUUGCAGCUGCCAGAAUCUUCCGUAUAAUCGAUCACAGACCAGAUGUUGAUAGAAACAGUGAAUUGGGUUUGGAAUUAGACUCUGUUACAGGACAAGUAGAGCUAAAAAAUGUAGGUUUCUCCUACCCAUCAAGGCCAGAAAUCCAAGUACUUCAAAAUUUCUCCCUCAGUGUCCCAGCCGGAAAGACCAUAGCUCUGGUCGGAAGCAGUGGUUCCGGCAAGAGCACUGUAGUUUCGCUCAUCGAGAGAUUUUACGAUCCCAAUUCAGGUAAUUCUAUACAAUUGUUUCACAAUAAUUGCCCUGUGUUUUCUGCAUAUAAUUGCUUUACUGAUUUUAUAUAA